CAAAGUCAUCGGUAGGUGAUUGAAUAAGUAAUCAUUGAGGCGGUACCGCACCCCCACUGUGCGCGAGAUACAGCAGUGGGGUGGCGGCAGGCGUUAGGGCUCAGUCAGGUGUUUUUGCUGUUAUUCUGGUUAACUUCCUCCAGUCCCAGCUGCGAGCCUGAAGAAUGCAGUCCGUUUCAUCGAAGAACUCCUCCUUAGACCACCAGGCCGAAGCGCUGAGGUUCCUUAGGAAAGCCCAUCAAACUCGAAUUGAAUUUGGAGCAGGUCAUUACCAGGAUGAAUUCAGCAAAGACACACAGUCACCAGAAACUCGUCCGGUGAUAGUUGACAAUUCUGGGGCAGGAGUUUUGAAAGCUAACGGUUCGGGUUGGAAAGGGAAGCACAUCACAGAUCAUAGGCAGACGCCAGUGACAUCAGUCCGCACACUCGCACAGAAAGCUAGGCGAAGCAUUCUAACCAGAUUGAUGGAGAUCACUUCUCAGCUGAUCGCAGUUGAGCGCAGCAUUCAAUGCACACCCCUUCAGGCACAGGGAGUUUCUAUUCACUCAAAGGACAGCAUUGAACUUCGAAACAUCUGCAGCCGUAUAGCAUCACAGGCAGAGCGGUCCCGACCAGACAGAGAACUGAAGGAACUGCAUGGCUGCUUGAAAUCAAUCACAGAGAACCUGCUGUCAUUGCUGUCCACCUCCAGCUCUGAUUCCGCAUACCGCAUACCGCAUACCAGAAACCUCCGACACAUCCUCGGGGCUUUUCCAGAUAUUUGAAAAGGUCUGCUGUAUUUCAGUUGUAAUCAAUGGUCCACUGAAGGGGUUUUAUGUAGGCAUUUUAUUUUCUGCUAGGAAUUGGAUUUCGGAGAGAAGACAAGCCUUGAUGAAGCAGCAAGUGGUGUGACACUUUUCUUUUUAGUGGCUGUGUCAUGUGGUGUGUAAUCGUGCUGGCCCGACACUUUUAUUGCGUGAAAAAAAACAUGUUGGCAGCAUUUAACGAUGUGUUAGAAAUGAUUCUGUUACAAAAGUGUAGUUUUUAUGCAGGAUUCAUCUAUUUCAACAUAUGUUCGGUGCAGUGCUAACUUGGGUUGAAACACUAAUAAACUUGAUACAGAUUACCUGGGAACUGAUUAGAUAUUCACACAAUGUAAUCAACAUUUAAGCAUGUUUAAUUUAGGUUAAUUUUAGUGUAGUCUGGUAUAUGUAUGCUUAUAUAACAUUUUCACCAAGAUACUGUAUGUGGUCAGCGCUGGUCUUGAGGGAUUUGCAGAAGAGAUCCAGGGAAAAUAAAACAGAUCUUGAUAUUAAUAGUUUCUAAAAUCUAAACUGAAAUCACUGAAACGUUUACAAAGUAACUGAAAUGUGAGUGUUAUGAAUGCGUCUUUUCUUAUGCAGGGCAGUUAAUGUGACAUUUUCAAGUGGUUAAGUGAUUAGUUUUACCCAACAUUUCAAAAUCCAUUUUCUUUUCUAAUCACUCCCUCUUACUUCUAAAACCUAUUUUAGAUAUUUUCUUUUUUAUACUUUAACUAUAUACACUGUAGUUUUAAGAAAAGUGAAAACAAAUCUGCUUGGAGUGUGAUCACUUCUAAUGCAGCUGACCAUUUGAGUGAAACCGAGCUACAGCAAAGGAAGGGAUUACCUUUUAGUGCUUUUAUGGUUUUUAUUUAUUUAUUUUUCACUAUGCUUUAAUGGUACAACAAUUCAAGCUAUAUAGUAGUCUGCUGUUCAUCGAGAAAGCUUUAGUUUGGUGGUUCGCUACAGUUACUUGAAAACGUAUUAUAUAGGGAAUUCUGUAUCUCCACAGGCUCUCUCAAAAUGUUUACAUGCAAAAAUUCCAAUAAAUCUCCCCUUUUCAAAA